AUGGCUGCUGAGUAUAAAAUCCAUAGGCCAUUUGUCUUGGCGACGUUGCCACGGCCGCUGGACCACACUAAAGGCAACAUUGUUGCCAGAGAAGUCUAUGGCCAAAAAGAGGGCUCAAAAAAGAGGAAGAGGACUGAGCUUGUUGUUGGUAUCGACGGCGAAAAUACAAGCAUUUAUGAUAUCCCAACCUCGAGGCAAAUAACUUCGUACCCGAUUCCGCCACAAGAGUCCUUUAUCUGCGCGCCAUACUCUGUACGAAUCCGCACCGCAGAGUCUAGCGACGUAUCGAGAUACACGUACGCUGUGAUGAGCGACAAAUCAACACAAAAGAUCACAUUAUUCAAGGACGUUGUUAGUCUUGAUGGCAAAACCGUGUCGACGACAGCCUCGAAGACAUUGAAAACUUCUUCUGUCAAAUACAUCACUUGUUCAUCAAUUCCUUCUAAGGAAUCCGCUAUUGGUGACGUUAUUCUGGUCUGCAUUGGCGGAGAGGUCUUGUCGCUUUCUGGCGAGACUCUGUCUACGAGUUGGAGUGCCACCGCCAAGUCUUCUAUGCAGGACGUUGCCGCUACCAAAAUUGAUCGGUUCGAGGUCGAAUAUGCUGCGUCGGGCUGCCUGAGCGAGUUUACGGACAGCAUGUUCAAGAACAAACCUGAAGUUUUUAGCGCGCUUCCUAAAUCGGUCGAGGCCGGUGAGCCAGAACUCAUUGCUCUUGUCACGAGAAGCAGCAACAACAAACAGCAGACGAGCCGGCAUCUCAUUAUCCUGGCCGCCAUGCGAAGCUCGAAUGCCAACGCCGACAUGCAGAAACUGGUGCCCCUAGACAUUUCACCCAUUCCGUCUAGCGUCAACAGUGACGCGGCAGUCUAUCAGGUCGAUGUUCAGUCUGCGACCUUGUUCCAGCUCCAAAGCAAUGUUCUCACAAUUUUCGACCUUUCUGGUGCUAUUCCGAAGCCCAAAUCCACCUUUGAAACCGAGGAAGCUACGACCUUUGCCAAGGUCUCGCGACCAUUCGUUCUCUCAGCGUCGCUCGAAACAAUUACACUAUUCAACUACCAAUACAGAUCUAUGCACGCUAAGGUGGCUUUGGAUCUUUCGGAAUUACCUACCGAAAGCCAGAAGCCUCGUUCGUGCCGACUUCUGAGCUACGUCCGCAGCCAAGAUCUCGCUGUAGCUCUGGUGGACAAUGUGUUAGUCUCCAUCCACGUUGAGCCGCCCAGCAGUCAUGGCAAGCGUCGCAAGGAGGGUCUACUGAUCGACUCGAUCGGCCGUGGCACUACUCUCGAGGCUACACCAAAGCGAACAAAGCACUCUGACUCUGCCACAUUCUCUCGCCAUGUCCCUGGUACUGUUACAGAGUCAUACAUGGAGGAAUAUAGAAGCGAUGUACUGACAGCAGAUGAGCUGCUCGCGACUAAUGAGCUGGACAAGUGGGAAGAGCUUCUGCGGGAGAAAUUCCACAUGAAUCACUCUAAUGAGCAGAGUGUCGAACGAACCGCAGACAGUGGCGAAUGGCGGUGGCAUCGCGAUGGCAGCAAAUAUGCUGCUGUCGAUAGGCGGUGGGUCAUUUAUGCUCUCAGCCAAGUCUUUUCGAUUGAGGCGACCGGCCAAGACACGCACCUGCAUCUGAGACUUGUGCUCCCCGACAGCAACGUCAUGACAUAUCUAGUCGUUGCUGGGCAUAUUACGAUUUCCAACUUGCGGUCUGCCUUUGUUGAAGAACUAAACGGGGUCGACGAUAGGAAGAUUGCGGUGGAUUUGAUAAGCUGCAUUACAGAUGCGGAGCCGUCCAUGUCGCUACUGCUCAACUAUCUGCAAGCAACCAAACUGGGCGAAGCUGAACUAAUUCUGGCCAUCCGCGCGCUCAUGCUCAGCAUGGACCUAAUACCCGAUACGAGAAAGAUGAACAGCACCAAGCUCCUCACGGACGAACCACACGAGUCGAAGGAUAAAUACGAGAUGGACCUAGACGACCUGGAGCGCGAGAUUGCUGUUACGGAGCGCUAUCUAGGCGACGACUCUAGCAGCCGCUCGCGCGGACUGACGCUUGCUUUUACCAAAUUGUGGCGUCAACCUGCUAUUGCGACAGUCAAGGCUCUUCGCAGUACUGUGCGCACGGAAGAGGUACUGGCCUUUAUCUACCUACUACGCAUGGAGCUUGUACGUGGAGCUUGGACGUCGCUUUACGUUGAUACCAUUAGCCUUGAAUCGGAAGGCAACGAUUCUCCCCCAGACGGAGUCAUCACGCUGAUUGCCGACCUGCUAGGUCGUUGUAUGGAUGCUAUCGGCUCUGGGGGGUGGCUGUUCAACGAUGCCAUGUCCUGGGCGGACAAGGCAGAGACGGGUGAUUUCCUUACGGCGCUGAGGCUCGAAGUGACGGCAGCCCUCGAGGGUAUCGAAGAAGCUGUGCACAUGAACGGCGUCGUGAGCGAAGCUGUCCGCUACGGACAGGCUAUGCAGAAGAACAGCGCCGGGCGCCAGGUGGCAUGGAACAUCAACAAGCCGAUGACGGUGCAGCUGGAGGGCCAAGAAUCGCGAAUCCUGCCGCUAGGCCUCAAGGUCAAGCAAAUGCCGACCAAAGAGAAGAUUGUGUCGGGCGGCGAGGUGGUGCAGCGCAGUGCGCGAGAGACGGGCCACCUAAUCAGCCAAAAGGUCGAGCCGUACUCGCUGGAGAAGCUGGCUAUUUGA